AUGGCGGGUCUGAUCCUCGCCGUCAUCAUCAGCGUGCUCGAUGGAUCGGCUCUUUCCACAGCCCUGCUCACCAUUCUAGCCGAGCUUGAUCUCUGCCCCGACUACGUCUGGGUCGUCAACAUCUUUUUCCUGACGCAGACUGCCCGUCGCUUCUUUGUCCUCGGCAGCCGCCUGAUCGGCGGCGCAUCCUCAGGGGCCAUGCUGAUCGCCGCGCGCGGGGUGCUGGGAGUAGGUGCUGGCGGCAUCAACAUGAUGGCCAACAUGAUUGUACGCGAUUUAGUGCCAUUGAGGGAUCGAAGCGCUUUCAUGGGGCUCAUUUUUGGUCUGGGUGCGGGUGUCGCGGCCGUUAUUGGGCCGCUGAUCGCCGGCGCGCUGACGAGUGCCGGGGCGUGGAGACAUGGAUGGUGUCGUUAA